CUUUCCUCUUCAUGCAUCUCUUCCUCAAGUCUCAGGUGUUUUACUCCAUCAUUUGUUCAUUUGUAGUACGUUACUAUUUCUCGGGAAUUGACGGACCCUCCCCUUUUGUACACAACAUCGCUUUCUGCUGUAAUUCCAUUACUUCCACUGUUCUGUCAUUCUCGUGAUGCCCUCGUGGAACAGCAAUGUCAAAUUCUCGAGAUCAUGUGCAAUUGGGUAUUGCAGCGAUCAACAUGCGGAAGUAUCUAUCAAGACUCGUGAUCCCCUUGAGCGACUAUGACAGAAGUUGUGCUACAUUGAUAUCCACAAGCCUGCCAAAUAGGCUACUAUGGCUGCAUCCAAUCUAGUGAUCCCCUUACCACUAGAAGAAGUGUAUUUAAGGGUUUGGUUAUCCUCAUCAUAUCUCUUGCUGCAACUCCAGUGCAUUUACUUCCAAAAGCAUCCCAGAUAUCAUGCGUAUCGUACUUGUCCUCUGCCUCCUCGCAACAGUCUGCCUCGCAGACCCUCGUUUCCACAGACGGGACGAUCCCACUUCCACUCCCACUCCAACAGCAGCAAUCACAACCUCCGCCAAUGCCGCUGUCACGGCCAUUCCAGCCAUCCCCUCUCCCACCCAGCCCGGCUUAAGCAGCUCUUGUAUAUCCUUCUACAAAGUCCAACCCUCCGACACCUGCCUCUCUAUCGCCGCCCGCUACAGCAUCAGCUUUGCCGAAUUCUACUUCUGGAACCCUUCCGUGGGUGCAGACUGCAGCGGCAUACUCGCCGGGUACUGGGUCUGCGUUGCCGUAGAUGAUGCAACGCCGCCAUCGACGACGAGCACAUUGACAAUAACGCCUGUGGUUCCGAAACCGACGCCGACGCAGCCUGGGUUGAUUUCGACUUGUAACAACUUCUACAAGGUUGCUAAGGGCGAUACGUGUAUUAGUAUUGUAGCGAGUUUUGGGUAUAAGUUUACGGUGGAGGCGUUCGAGGCGUGGAAUCCGUCGGUGGGCGCGGAUUGCACGAAUAUGUGGUUGGGGUAUUGGGUUUGUGUGGGCGUGCCUGGUGGCUGAGUUUGUACCUUACUUGGCACUGAGUAGUAGAUAGGCUGAGAAGGGGAGUAUUCUUCUGCAGGUAGUAGUAUCAAGCAGAGGCGAAUUGCACAUC